UUCGAGGGCAGUGGGACCACCGACCUAGAAAUCCUGUCCCCUGAUAAAUCCCUCGGUGGAUUCAUCAGACAUCGAAGCCUCUUUCGCUCGCUGGUGGAGGUCGGGCGGCGCCGCAGACGCGAGCGAUCGAAGUCCGUCAUCAUGCAAGACGAAGGCUUUUCUUUCUGAUUGUCGAACCCGGUUCGAGGGCAGUGGGACCACCGACCUAGAAAUCCUGUCCCCUGAUAAAUCCCUCGGUGGAUUCAUCAGACAUCGAAGCCUCUUUCGCUCGCUGGUGGAGGUCGGGCGGCGCCGCAGACGCGAGCGAUCGAAGUCCGUCAUCAUGCAAGACGAAGGGUACAAGCCCGGGCCAGAUUUCGAAGAAGACUCGAAGACUCCUCUGGUUGAUAUCUCGUUGACGGACUCGACGGAGCUUUGGCUUAUCCAGUGGCCCAUUAAUCAAUUACAACCUGCUGAUUUCGACGGGAAAGAGCUAACGCUCAAGCUCAAUCGAGAUGGGAAGCUUGGCAGCUUCGAGAGUGCAUCUGGUAAGUCUUAUGAUUUUGUGAGCUUUGCUGCACAUGAGCCGGAUGCCACCGUGUUUGUACCCUCUGGAUCAGAGACGAAAGUAGUUGGGAAGAUUUCUCGCAGAGUCUGUCUGGUUCAUUAUCCAGAGCCUGGUGAACUGGAGAAGACUCGAUUCAGUCUAAGCAGUCAGAGAACUGAGGGUGGUUCAGUUCGAAGAAGCAUCUCUCGUCCUUCUGUCACUCCACUGAGACAUGGAAGCUUGCUAGGAACGGAAGGAACUUCUCAUGAUACCUUCACCUCUGUAUAUAACCCUGAAGAAAGAAGCAUGGAAACUCCAUUGAAGUCCAGGAAGAGACAUGCAGCUAGCACUGCACCUUCAGAGAUAUCUGCAAGGUCUGCUGACCGUUCUUCCCAUGCUUCAGGUCCAGACAGUGAGAUUACCAAUAAUUCAUUAACAUCCGAGAGAUCUCAUAGGGAGAAAUCGAAGAAGAAGAAGAUCAAAUUGGAGGAGUAGUGAUUUUUGUUUAUUGCUAUAAAGCUGCAAAGCAUUAAAAUUUCUGCUACUGCUCUCUGAAGCCACUAUCAUCUUGUGUGUUUUGCAUGAUAUGAGGGUUUCUGAUCUAACACAAACAUUGUAUUUUCCAAAUUACUUGCCGCUCAAAGUCGAUUAUAGUUACGACAUUAAUUGUA